GGAGAGAGCAGAAGAAAAAUUUCACAAAACCUCUUCUCUCUCUGCUAUUCAAACUUUUUUCUCUUUUCAAGUUUUUUUUAUAUGACAUGUUUCUUGUGGAACACGGCAAUUAUUUUUCUGUGUGAAUUCAUGGCGACAGAUACGUUCAUCAAGCUGAAUCCAAUCUUCAUUAAUCCCAACCGCUUCAACCUCCAAGAAUGUUCCAACCUAAGCCCUAAAAGCAUCUCUUCUCUGAGCUGCAUUAGCCCAAGACUGAUAUCUUGCAGCCAUGUCAACCCUAGAACAUUGAUCUACGGCGAGAAUGAUAACAUAUUGUUUCCCAAGAAAAAGAUUCCUUCCAUGAUCCGUUGUCAGACGAGUCUUGGGAUUGGAAGGAAACAAAAAUGGUGGGAGAAGGAACUGAAACCUAACAUGAAGUCGGUAACAUCACCUCAAGAUCUUGUCGACUCUCUACUUAAUGCUGGAGAUAAACUUGUUGUCGUUGAUUUCUUCUCUCCUGGGUGUGGUGGAUGCAAAGCUCUUCAUCCCAAGAUAUGUAAAAUAGCAGAGAAGAAUCCAGAGGUGGAGUUUCUACAAGUGAAUUACGAAGAACAAAGAAGUCUAUGUCAAAGUCUUCACGUUCAUGUUCUUCCCUUCUUUCGCUUCUACCGUGGCUCCUCAGGCCGCGUCUGCAGUUUCAGUUGUACUAAUGCCACGAUAAAUAAGUUCAAGGAGGCGUUGGAGAAACAUGGGAGGGAACAAUGUAGCAUUGGAAAGACAAAGGGACUUGAAGAGAAAGAACUAGUCGCCAUGGCCACAAAUAAAGACCUGUCUUUCGAUUAUAAACCCAAAAAUAAUGAAGUAAACCGCGAGAUAAAAGAAAAUGACACAAUUAUCGAAAGAUCUCCAACCUCAAAAGAACAUGAUGAAAAACGUUCUCUAGUAAUUAGCCCUGCAGGAAUUGUCUAGCGUCUGUUUUAUUUGGGUACGCUUGCUGUUUUAUUUAUCUGGGAGUUUCAACCUUAGAGUAUUCGUCCAUUUGGAGGCAUAAUAUUGUGCUAUAUAUAUAGA